AUGACUGCGAAUUGCACAAGCUACUACAGCGCAGAAAAUGCUUUUGUGAAUGGCUUUUUGUGCCCGAAAGCGGGAAGCGGUGCCCAAGCGGGAUUCUGCUGCGGAUUUAACGAUAUCAAGUAUUGCUGUGAUGAUCCCAACAGUUUUUUCCCCUACGAGUAUGCAUACAUGUGGUGGCUUAGCGUCGGGGCCCUGAUAGGUCUGUCCAUAGCAGCAGUGGUCCUGCUGGCCUUCCUCAUCACAGUCUGUGUCCUCUGCUACCUCUUCAUCGCCACCAAGCCCAGUCGCCUUGACAACGGCCUGCCACUCAGAACACCAGGUGGGUAA